AUGAACCGUCAACUCGGCAUCAGGCCGCCAGCGGCCGUGCCUUCACGCAACCCGGCCACCGUGUGCCGCUUCCACGCCCGGGGCAUCUGUCGAGCAGGCGACGAAUGUCUUUUCGUUCACGAGAACGUCGAAUCUGCGCCCAGAGCCCGAGUAGACCCUCCUCCAAGGCCCUUCAUGAGGGCUCUGACGGAGCAGGCAAUGCCACUACCCUGCAGGUUCUUCCUUCGUGGCCAAUGCAACAAGGGCGAGACCUGCGGAUUUUCUCACGCUCAAGCACCGCCAUCCAGUGGAACGGCGGCAGAGGAAACACUGCCGGUCGAUGCUCGGGCCCAGAUUCCCUGUUCCUUCUUUGCGAAGGGGAUUUGUCGAAACGGAGACGGUUGUCCCUAUCUACAUACUGGAGACACGCAACACAUUAGUACCAUCCCAGAAGACACGUUGGUCAGCUUGUGUUCAAUUAAUGAGGCAGAUGUGUUUGCAUCAUUGGAAGUACUGAUGAGGGUCCAGAUUCCAGCGAUGGAAAGAUGCACUCGCGAUCUAUUCGGCGCUUCUAUCAGCUUCGGGCCAGGGGCAUCAGUGGAGAAUAUCUCGCUCUCUUCGGACUAUUCCACUGCGAGAAUCACGAACCUCCCUGCUGGAAGCGGCUCAGGGUACGUUUCCCUUGUCCUCAGCCGCCUCGGGCUUGAAGUGCCGCCGAAUUGCGUUCGUGUGCGACCAUAUGGGCAGGACAACCCGACCAUCGCGGCGGACGUCAGGGUCGAGGACCCAAACUUUGCCAAAUCCCGUUAUGCCAAGUACGAGACGGGCGAGCUGGCCAAAGUCGACGGCUUGUUGGACGUGAAAGACUUCGCCCUCGCGUUGCCGGCCGCCAACGGUGCGGGCGGCUUCGCUCACCGUGUCAACUGCAGGAAGAUCAUCUGCUCUUGGCACAAGCCGCUACGAGUGGCACUGCUCAAGUUUGACUCGGAGGAAGUGGCCAGGGAGGUUUUUGACGGCUUCUCUACGGGAGCAUACAAAGACCUCGGCUCUGCAGUCUCUUGCCGACUCGGCCAGGUCGAAGGCCCAUACUGGGGAAGCCGAGGAUACCAAAGGCGGUUCCCUUCGGAGUCGCGAAAGUGGACUUUGACGCUUCGAGUGCCUCUCCAGGCUAAUGAUAAAGAUAUACUACGGACAAUUCCCAGGAACGCCAGACCAAGGGACGUAGGGUUCGAAGGCACGACGUACCGGCUAGGGGACGAGUGCAGCGCGAGACAGCUCGCCAUGAUCGAGAAGCUCUUGACAAAGAUCGGCUCUCUAGAGAUGAAACUGACCGCCAACAUGGAGAUUCCGGGGAAGCGGGUCAAAGCCAUGGCUCGAUUCGUCGACGAGGCGGACGCGAAGGAGGCAGUGGAGAUUCUCAACAACAUCCGGCUGCCCUUCAACGAGACCGACAAGCUCAACGUCAACUUGGUGUAUUCAUCGACCUACAAAGUGGCGACCAAGGUCUUUGAAGCCGUGUGGGGAGACGUCGAGGCGGCCAAGGUUGCGUCCAGCGAGAAACACAUCCAAUUCAAGCACUUCCCGCCUACGAACGGCUACAUCUCCUUGCGGCUGGAAGGCGAGGACCGCGGGGACCUCGCCGCCGCCGAAAAGGUGGUCGACACCAUCCUCCGCGGCCAGACGGUGACCGACAAAGAGGGGACGAAGCCCUUCUGGAACCCGUCUUUUGGUAACCGAGCAGGGGCAGAAAAGGCUCUCCGGAAAAUCGAGCAGUCGUUCCGGGUCGCUUUCCAUUGUCUCCCGUCCAAGACAGAGGUCAGAGUCUUCCGAUGGGCCAUCCACGGCGGCUUCCAGGACCUGAGGGACGCCUUGGGCCCCGAGAACGUCAUGCUAAGCGUCCUGCCGACAGCCAGUAGAAUCGAGGUCAUCGGCCCGCGGGCGUCGUACGACCUCGCCAUGGACAUCAUGUCUGGGCGGCGGGAGAGUACGAAGACGACCGCUUCUGCGCAGAAGCGGACCGAGGAGAGCCCGGGGAUCGACUGCUCCGUGUGCUGGACCGAGGCCGGGGACCCGUUGACGACCCGUUGCGGACACGUCUCCUGCCGCGACUGCUUCGAGAACUUCUGUCGGUCCGCCGACUCGGGCGACGCCGGCUCCGACCUGCGGUGCCUGGCGGACGAGGGCUCCUGCGAUACCGUCUUCGACCUUCUAGAGCUGGAAGAGCACCUUCCGUCCCUCGCCUUCGAGGAGGUCCUCGCCUCGUCCGCCAAGUCGUACAUCGCCAAGCAGCCCCUUACGUUCCGCUACUGCCCGACGGCGGAAUGCGGCCUGGUCUACCGGGCGGCGCCGGCGGACCGUCCGGGGGUGUUUGCGUGUCCCGGUUGUGCCCAGAGCGUGUGCACGGCGUGCCAUCACCCUCACGCGGGCCAGUCGUGCGCGGAGUACAGGUACGCCGCCUCCGGGUGCGAGGAGGCGUUCGACAGGGCCAAGGCGGAGCUGGGGAUCAAGGACUGCCCCAGGUGCAAGACGUCGAUCCAGAAGUCGUCCGGGUGCAACCGCAUGACGUGCGGCGGGUGCGGGGCGCACAUCUGCUGGGUCUGCCUGGACACGUUUGCGAACGGUCAGGCGUGUUACUCUCACAUGAACAGGAAGCAUGGGUCCAUAUUUCCUGAAGAUCCUCUGUACGAUCUAUGA